GGACUUGAAUGGAGAUGAAAUUCUGCAGCUGUGUAUCAAUACGAAGUGGCUGCCUCAUAUGCCAAGGUCUCGGCUCUACCUAUGGCUCAACCUUGUUUACGCCACAUACUAUCAUUGCUUUUGCCUCAUAUUCCCUCGAAGUCUUGAGCCAUUCUUUUCUUUCCAGAAUCCUAUGAGGGUAUUUGUAACAAACCAAAUCGUUAUUUCGAGCUACUCUUUCACAUCGGCCAGAGCUCCCAAAGGAGAAUCUAAAGCUCCGCACGCCCUGAAUCAGAUCGUGAUCAUGUGAUUAGUCUCAAAGCACUCCUUUAUCGCGCAUGCAAUAUUGGCGCAUGUAAGCGUAUGUUUUGGGGGUGUGGAGACCUGUGUGAGGUACCCCUGGUCGAUUUAU